CAAAGAUGGCGGGCGGCACGGGCUGAAUAGAGCCGGGCGGCGGCUCGGCUUGAAUUUGGAAGCGCCGCAGCCUUUUCUCUCUCCCCGGAAAGUUUUCGAGCCAUGGUGUCAUGGAAAGGGAUUUAUUUUGUACUUGCACUGUUCUUGGCAAGUUUUUUUGGAAGCAUCUUCAUGCUUGGUCCCCUGUUGCCACUGAUGUCUAUUUCCCCAGCUUGGUAUCGCUGGAUUACUGAUCGUGUUGUGGCCACUUGGCUUACACUUCCAGUGGCCCUGCUGGAGAUAGUGUUUGGGGCAAAGGUAGUUAUAACAGGUGAUGGAUUCAUCCCUGAAGAGAGAAGUGUUAUAAUCAUGAAUCAUCGAACACGAAUGGAUUGGAUGUUCCUAUGGAGCUGCUUGCUGAGAUAUAGCUACCUCCGACUUGAAAAAAUCUGCCUCAAGUCUAGUCUCAAAGGCAUUCCGGGUUUUGGUUGGGCCAUGCAGGUUGCUGCCUUCAUUUUCAUUCACAGGAAAUGGGAAGAAGACAAACAUCAUUUUGAAAAGAUGCUGGAUUAUUUUUGUGAUAUUCAUGAACCGCUACAGCUUCUCAUCUUUCCUGAAGGAACUGAUCUCACAGAUGAAACUAAAGCCCGGAGUGAUACGUUUGCUGAAAAAAAUGGACUUCAGAAAUAUGAAUAUGUCUUGCACCCAAGAACUACAGGCUUCACUUUUAUAGUGGAUCGUUUAAGAGAUGGUAAUAACCUUGAUGCUAUCCAUGACAUAACCGUGGCAUAUCCUCAAAACAUUCCACAAACUGAGAAGCAUCUCCUAUAUGGAAAUUUCCCCAAGGAAAUUCAUUUUCAUGUCUGCAGAUACCCCGUAGAGUCCCUGCCAGCCUCUCGGGAAGACUUGCAACUCUGGUGUCAGAAACGCUGGGAAGAAAAAGAAAAAAGGCUCCGCCAGUUCUAUGAGGGCAAAAAGUACUUUGAUGUGACAGGGAGAAGUAAAAUCCCACCUUGUAAAUCUGAGCUCAGGGUCAUGGUUGUUAAGUGCAUGUCCCUCUUGUACUGGACAUUUUUCACACUCUCUGCAUUUGCACUGUUAUACAUGUACAACUUUGUACGGUGGUAUUUUGUGAUUGUGGUUGUCAUUUUCACUGUGCAACAAAAGCUGUUUGGUGGGCUUGAAUUGCUGGAACUUGCAUGUCAUCGAUUUUUUAAUAGACGUAGAUUACCCAACUUAAACAGAUAUUAAAUUUAUCUGAUAUGUGUACUGGUUGGAUGGGUGAUGUUUGUGAGCACUUUUCAUAUGUGCCAUAAACUUUUCAUAGUGGAAGGAGAUUUUGCAUGAGAAUUAAUCUUUCUUAAUGCUGUUUUGGUUAAUGCACUGUACUCUUAUUGUAAAGGACAAAAGUUCAUAUUGAAUUUUUAAUUUUUGAAUGUAUCAGUGUUCCUCUUGCAGCUAGCAUCUGCAGCAUCACUGGAGAAGCAUUUGCUGACCAAUCAAAGUUUAUAUCCAUUGAAUUGUUUAAAUACAUAGCUCUAAAUUGCUGGGCAAAUUAGGGAGCUAAAAGUCACGGACUCUGAUUCUUACACUGCCUUGCUAUAAAUACAGUGUGAGAUUUGAAAGUCCCAGCUUAUUACAUGAUUAAUAGUUGACUGUCUUCAUUUCUGUACCUUUAUCCCUUACACAGAGAUAAUGGAUGAUGCAAUUAUUGUCAUCAGAAUCAGCAAAUGUUCUAGUCUACUGAAAGAGAAAACUAAACCCAGGACCUAAAGUUGGAUGAAUGUGGAUAGUCCGUUUCAACAUGCUGUUUGUCACAACUGAACUAUUAUAACUCACCCUAUUUUGGAAAAAAAAAAAAUCCAAAAGUCAAUAGGGCUUAUCUCUAAGUAAAGGCACUGGUAAAGGUAACUGAACUGGUCACUGUUGUCUUUGCAAAUACUAAAUCACCUUCAGGAUCCAAUUCCACCCCUGUGAAUUGUUUGUCAUAUGCCGAGAUCACAGUCCAUCUCAACUUCAGGUUUAACUGGGGGAAGCGUUAAAAUUAAUUUUCCCAUGAUAUAAAAAUAGAAAUAAUGUUAAAAAGUGCCCCAUUGGGAUUAUUAAUAUAAGAAACGUUAAGAUUUUUCCAUUAAUGUUCAUCUCCUUUUCAAAAAUCUGAAUUAGAAUACCCAUAGCAUGGAAACCAAAGGACAUCUGUGAAAUCAGCCCAUGCUUGACCAUAAGCAGGCCCCAAAUGCUGUGACUCUACAUAAUGAGCUAGAUAUUUUCUUUGAAAUUUCCUAGUUGAACCCUUUUUUCUUUCUAUGGCUGAACAUCUUCCCUCCAGCUCUUUUUCACAGAAUUAGGCUGAAUUCUUGAACUGGCUGCAAUUGAUCACGGCAUCUUGACACUUGAGACAACAGGCCAGGACAUUUCUCUUCCCUGCACUGAAUGUUAGUAAUACCAGAGCUAUAAGGCAGCACAUAUAAUACUUCAUGUAGAUAGUAUUCAUAUAAUACUUCAUGUUCACCAUAUUAAAUGUAAUGGCUACUUCCACAUCUUUUUCAACCCCUAUUGCACCUACAGUAAGUUUUCAGAGAACCAUUUUAUAAAUAAAUUGUAUUAAGAGCUGCUGGCAUAUGAAAGGUCUAUAAACUGGUCUUAGAUUUCCAAUGUUAUCAAAAUGUCAAUGUUUUAGCCAUAAAAAAUAUUUACUCUAGAGCAACAAUAAAGAAUUAAAAAUGCAAA